AUGAAAAGUCCUUCAGACUCACACGAAUUAUCAAAUAUAUCAAGUGAAGAAAACUUUAAAUCGUCGACUGAGCUAAAUAAUCUCAAUGAAGAGGAAUUCAAAAUACCAAAUCCCUUGACAAAAUCUAUUCUACAUACUACGUCACCAACAGAAUUAGAACCAAUAAAAUCUGAAGUAUCCGUCAGUUCUUCAUCAGCAUUGACAUCAUCAAUGAUAAUGACAUGCAUGUCUCGGUUGAAAAAUCACUCCAACUCUGAAGAUUACAAUAUCAAUGUGUCAACAUCAGUUUUACUAUCGGAUUCAGAAGCCAGUCAACAGACAGGAGAUCAUAGUGACAACACCAAAGGACGAAUUGCUCAAACAAAACCGUCAGAAAAAUUAACUGUGGAAUACACAUCAUUGCCAUUAACAGAAAACGAGCAGAGUUCUGUGCAAGAACAGAAUAACAAAGAAAACUCAUUGACCCAAUCAAAUUCAGCUGAUAUUUCGAAGAAUAUCCGAUAUCCUGAUUCAUCAGGUCCAGUAACUGAGAAAUAUAUCAAUGUUCUUCUUCUUGGAGAAUCUGGUGUUGGAAAAUCAACUUUCACCAAUGCACUUGUCAAUUACAUUACAUUUGAAUCUUUUCAAAUGGCUCGUUCUGCCAAACCUGUAGUUGUUAUGCCUGUUUCAUUUAUGAUGACUGUCGGUGAUCAAUUUGAUGAAAAGAUUAUUACAUUCGGUGAUGAAGAUUUUAAUGAAGACCACUAUCAUCCAGGACAAUCAGUAACUCAACAUUGUAGAUCAUAUGUUUUUCCAAUUGGCACCAGAACAAAAAUCAGAAUAAUCGACACCCCUGGAAUGGGAGAUACAUGCGAUCUUACUCAAGAUGAUCUUAACUUGCAACAUAUUAUUUCAUUUAUCAGUAAUCUCCCACAUUUAAACGCAAUUUGUAUUCUUCUCAAACCUAAUGAGUCAAGAUUAAAUAUCAUUCUUCGUUCAUACUUUGAUCGUUUGUUAAAGUUUCUAGGUGAAAACGCUCGUCAUAAUAUUAUCUUUUGUUUCACCAAUACUCGAGCGACUUUCUUUGCUCCCGGUAACACUGCUUUACUACUGAAAGAAAUGAUUUCAUCAUGUCCAAUCAAAGAGAUUCCUUUCAGAAAAUCAAAUACAUUUUGUUUCGAUAGUGAAUCAUUUCGUUUUCUAGUCGCUUUACAAAAUGGAAUCAAAUUCGAUGAAUAUCAAGAGAAUGAAUAUCAACAAAGUUGGAGCAGCUCAGUCACUGAAUCAGAUCGUCUACUUCGGUUUAUUUGUGAUCAAGAACUCAAGCCUUAUUUUCAGAAUGAAUGGCGAUCAAUUGAACAUGCUCAAUUCAAAAUCAGUCAAAUGGCUCGUCCAAUGUUGGAAACCUCAAGAAAUAUUCUCCGAAAUAUCAUUUCAUUAGAAAGAAAUCCAAUAGAUCGAUUAAUAAAACUCUGUCCUGUUGCUCUCAGUGACGCAUCAGCUAUUUGUUAUGCAUGUAAACUUACUCGUGAGUGUUUGAAUGACUUUUGGAUAUUUCAAGAUGACUCACAUGUUUUUCCGGAUCAAAGUAAUCACUGCAACUGUGGUCGCAAAAAACAUGUUGUAAUCAAUUAUGAUCUUCAAUAUAUACUUUCUGAUGAAACAAUUAUAGAAUCUUUUCAAUCCAUGAAGUCAACUCUGAAGCAACUGAAAGCAACAAUUAUAGAUUUUGCCCGAUUCUAUACUAAAAUCCGAAAUGAAUCAAGUCAGACAGAUCCUAUUUUGCCUGCCUUGAAACGAAUGAUUGCUGAAGAAAAAGAACUUUGUUUACACAACG